GCCGAGUCUUGCGUGGGUCCCAUACCCGGAGGUAACCGGCGGCAGUGGGGGCUGACUGAAGCCAAGCCUCUGAGCUGGGGUCUUCCGCCAGGAUUUGGAACUCUGGACCACUUGGCUUCUGCUGAAGCCGCCCAACCUUGCACAGGUCCCGGGCGCCGCUGCUUUCCGGGCCAAGGCACUCUAGGGUACGGCGAUGGCGUCGUUCCCGGGAUCUCAGGAACGGGAAGGGCUCCUCAUAGUGAAACUGGAGGAGGACUGCGCCUGGAGCCAGGAGCUGCCCCCGCCUGACCCUGGGCCCAGCCCCGAGGCCUCCCAUCUGCGCUUCAGAAGGUUCCGCUUCCAAGAGGCCGCUGGCCCCCGGGAGGCCCUUUGCCGGCUCCAGGAGCUUUGCCAUGGGUGGCUACGGCCUGAGAUGCGCACCAAAGAGCAGAUCCUGGAGCUGCUGGUGCUGGAGCAGUUCUUGACGAUCCUGCCCCAAGAGAUCCAGAGCAGGGUGCAGGAAUUGCAUCCGGAGAGCGGCGAAGAAGCAGUGACCCUUGUGGAGGAUAUGCAGAGAGAGCUUGGGAGGCUGAGGCAACAGGUCACAAACCAAGGGCGGGGAACAGAAGUGCUUUUGGAGGAGCCUUUGCCUCUGGAAACAGCAGGAGAGUCACCGAGCUUCAAGCUGGAGCCCGUGGAGACUGAGCGAAGCCCUGGCCCCAGGCUGCAGGAGCUGCUAGGCCCCAGCCCCCAAAGGGACCCCCAGGCUGUAAAGGACAGGGCGUUAUCUGCUCCCUGGCUUUCUCUCUUUCCUCCUGAAGGGAAUAUGGAAGACAAGGAGAUGACUGGGUCCCAGUUACCUGAGAGUUUAGAGGAUGUGGCAAUGUACAUCUCCCAGGAGGAGUGGGGGCAUCAGGAUCCCAGUAAAAGAACCCUCUCCAGGGACACGAUCCAAGAGAGUUAUGAGAAUGUGGACUCACUGGAGCCUCACAUUCCCAGUCAGGAGCUCCUAACCACCCAGGUGGAACAAGGAGGGAAGCCAUGGGAUCCCAGUGUCCAGAGUUGUAAGGAGGCCAUGAGCCCCAGAAGCCCAGCUCCAGGAGAAAAAUUUGAGAACCAAGAAGGAAAUAUCCAGUCUGUUUCCCCUGAGAACACUCACCCUCAGAUGCUGCUCCCUGGCCAGGCCAGAGGGGAGGUACCCUGGAGUCCUGAGCAGGGAUGUCCUCAUGACAGGGCAGAAGGGCAUUGGGAACCUCCUCCAGAGGAUGGAAUGGAGCAGUCCUUAGCAGGAGCCACAAGUUGCAGAGAACUGGGGCCACCAAAGGAACUGCUGACAAAAAAACUCCAUUUAUGUCCCUUGUGUGGCAAAAAUUUCUCUAACAACUCAAACCUAAUUAGGCAUCAGAGAAUACAUGCAGCAGAAAGGCUGUGUAUGGGUGUGGAGUGCAGUGAAAUCUUUAGUGGACAUCCACAUUUUCUCUCACUACAUAGAGCACAUAUGGGAGAGGAGGCCCAUAAAUGCCUAGAAUGUGGGAAAUGCUUCAGUCAAAAUACCCAUCUGACUCGCCAUCAGCGCACCCACACAGGUGAGAAGCCCUAUCAGUGCAAUGUUUGUGGAAAAAGCUUCUCUUGCAACUCCAACCUCCAUAGGCACCAGAGGACACACACUGGGGAGAAGCCCUACAAGUGCUCUGAGUGUGGGGAGAUCUUUGCUCACAGCUCCAAUCUUCUUCGGCACCAGAGGAUCCACACAGGAGAGAGGCCCUAUAAAUGUGCUGAGUGUGGGAAAAGUUUCUCUCGGAGUUCUCACCUUGUCAUUCAUGAAAGAACCCAUGAGAGAGAGAGACAUGAUCCCUUCUCUGACAAUGGGGAGGCCAUGAGUGAUGGUACCCCCUUUCUUACAAACCAAGGAACUCACAGAGCAGAAAAGAAACUCUUUGAAUGUUUGACUUGUGGGAAAAGCUUCCGGCAAGGCAUGCACCUCACCAGACAUCAGAGAACACACACAGGAGAGAAGCCGUAUAAAUGUACCCUUUGUGGAGAAAACUUCUCUCAUAGAUCUAACUUAAUCAGGCACCAGAGAAUUCACACAGGAGAAAAACCAUAUACUUGUCAUGAGUGUGGAGACAGUUUCUCUCACAGCUCUAAUCGGAUUCGUCACCUCAGAACCCAUACUGGAGAGAGACCGUAUAAAUGUUCUGAAUGUGGAGAAAGCUUCUCUCGGAGUUCCCGCCUUGUGAGUCAUCAGAGAACUCACACCGGUUAAAAAUAAUGGGAUUUCUCUUUGCUCCAGAUUAGGUGGCAUAUAGAGGGUUGUAAAGAGCUGGCAUUCCUUGCCCAUCUGACCUCUUUGUUUUCCAAGAGGAAAUAGGAUUCAUUUUGAGGGUAAUGCAGCAAAGCAGCAAAGGAUUGUUGUAAAACUAAAGAGUCCAGUUUGCAGUAGUAAGGUUUGAGGUGACCUGCCCAGGGACACUUAUUUACUUCAUCUUGUCUCAAGGUAUAUCCACUUUCUUGGUACAUUUAACCAACAUGUAGUUUGGGUGCCUUACUGUGUAAUGUUUAUCCCAACAAAUUUGGAAAUUUACAUGAUCUUUUACUCUUUCCUCACUUGGGACUACAAGAGCAUUUAGGCUCCUAGGGCUCUUGAGACCAAAAAAAGGGGCCAGAUUUCCUGAGAAACCACCCUGGAGGUCAAUAAGACUGAUUCUAAGUUGCCUCUCUCUGGCUGGGAAUCCAUGGGCAUCCGGGUUAGCCACUAUAACAACCCUCAGUGGUCUGGCAGGAGUGCCCAUUGGCAAACCACAUGAUGUGUGACCUCAGACAAAAAGGAAAUGGAGAGCUAAGAGAAAUUUUAGGAGGAACUUGAAGGUGAGUCUAGAAAUUGGCAGUUGACAUCAGUAUGUGAUUAGUUUACCCUUUGGACAGAUUGCGGCUUUCUUCAGUAUCCAAAAAAAAUACACAGAGCUAAGUCUUGUUCCCAGGUGGAGGGUUCCAUGAAAGAUGGAUUCCUUAGAAAACACUGAAAAUGUGGAUCCUAGGGAAAUUAGGGAUUAUGUCUGUCCAUGUUGAAAAUGUUUGGAUGGUAAUAAAUAUCUUCAAGA